AGGUCCCGGGGCCGGAGGGAGGCGGAGGCGUAGCGGUCCAACUGCUGAAGUCCCCAUGUGACAGUGAGCGGGGUCCCCGCUCCAGGAGACGCUCGACUCUGCGUCCCGGCCCUCAGCACUGUCCACUGUUUCGGUGCCAGCAGAGACCAGCAGGCCCGGGACAGUUGGUGUUUGGCCGUGCGCUGUCUAACUUGGUGUGCAGAGUGAAUUGCCGCUGCCGGAGCGGAGAAAGGCGGAGCGGCCAGGAGAGAGGGGAUUUCUGUCAGCGCCGGCGCUCGGGAGCUCGGAGACAUGAACGGCUUCACGCCUGACGAGAUGAGCCGCGGCGGGGAUGCGGCCGCCGCAGUGGCCGCAGUGGUCGCUGCCGCGGCCGCCGCCGCCUCGGCGGGGAACGGGACCGGCGCGGGCACCGGGGCUGAGGUGCCGGGCGCGGGGGCGGUCUCAGCGGCUGGGCCCCCGGGGGCGGCCGGGCCGGGCCCCGGGCAACUGUGCUGCCUGCGGGAGGAUGGUGAGCGGUGCGGCCGGGCAGCAGGCAACGCUAGCUUCAGCAAGAGGAUCCAGAAGAGCAUCUCCCAGAAGAAGGUGAAGAUCGAGCUGGAUAAGAGCGCAAGGCAUCUUUACAUAUGUGAUUAUCAUAAAAACUUAAUUCAGAGUGUUCGAAACAGAAGAAAGAGAAAAGGGAGUGAUGAUGAUGGAGGUGAUUCACCUGUUCAAGAUAUUGAUACCCCAGAGGUUGAUUUAUACCAAUUACAAGUAAAUACACUUAGGAGAUACAAAAGACACUUCAAGCUACCAACCAGACCAGGACUUAAUAAAGCACAACUUGUUGAGAAAAAUUUUCAAGGAACCCUAACCAAAGAAUGCUACCAAGAUAGUUGGUUGCCACUUUAGGUCUAUUCCAGUGAAUGAAAAAGACACCUUAACGUAUUUCAUCUACUCAGUGAAGAAUGACAAGAACAAAUCAGAUCUCAAGGUUGAUAGUGGUGUUCACUAGGAGACGUGGAAUUGAGACUAAUAACUUGGAUGUUAACACUGUUUACUGUUUUUUCACAUGUAGAAAUGUUCUUUGUGUAUUUUUUCUACAGAGGAUUUUCUCUGAUUUUAUUUUCUUUGUUUCUGAUUCUAAUAAUUAGUUGGAAACUCGUAAAGUGAGCUUUCCUAAAUUAAAAACUAUUUUAAAUAAAGGUUAUUACUAUUA